UCCGAGCUUCAAACGUUUGGACGCAGAAAAGAAAAAAUGUCGUCCACGCCAAAGAGGCGCCUAAAACCCAAAAUCUCUUCUCCUUCUCCUUCUCCUUCUUCCUCUUCGUCCCGGAGAUCGCCGAUCGCGCUGGAGCCGCCGCAAUUCCUGUUCCCGUCGAAGCAGGAAUUGCUGAGGGUCGUGGCUGUGCUCGUCAUCGCUUCUUCCGUCGCCGUCGCCUGCCACCUCCUCGCCAGCUUCCUCCUCCGCCCCCAAGCGAGGCCCUUCUGCGGCAGCGAUGUCGACCCCCUCGAUGCAUUCGCAGAUGAUUGUGAUCCUUGUCCGAGUCACGGAGAAUGCCAUCAGGGCGAACUUGAUUGUGCUCAUGGAUACAGAAAGCUUGGGAGGUCAUGUGUGGAAGAUGGAGAUAUAAAUGAAACAGCCAGGAAACUUUCAGAAUGGGUUGAAAAUCAUCUUUGUGAAGCGAAUGCUCAGCUUCUAUGCUAUGGGACUGGGACAGCUUGGGUUCCAGCUGAAGAGAUAUGGAAGGAUUUGGACGGACACCAACUGAUGAAGAACUUUGGCUGGGACACUGCUAUUUUCAUUUAUACAAAACAGAAGGCGGUAGAAGCUGCUGGAAAAAUAAUGGAGAGCAGGACAGAUUUCUCUGGAAUGAAAGAGCUGAAGUGUCCAGACUCCGUAGCGGAACUUUUCAAGCCAUACACCUGCCGAAUCCGUCUAUGGAUCUUCAAGCAUGUGUUAUUGGUUGUGCCAGUUUCUUUGCUGCUCGUGGCUUCUGCAAUGCUAAUCUGGAAAGUCCGUCGCAGAUGGCAUUUGUCAACUAGAGUGGAAGAGCUUUACCAUCAGGUUUGUGACAUACUCGAGGAGAAUGCCUUGACAUCAAAGAAGGGUAACAGCGAAACUGAACAAUGGGUAGUUGCUGCUAGGCUACGAGAUCACCUUCUCUUACCAAAAGAAAGGAAAGAUCGUGUUCUGUGGAAGAAGGUUGAGGAGUUGGUCCAGGAAGAUUCUCGCAUAGAUAGAUACCCAAAGCUGGUUAAGGGUGAAUCAAAAGUGGUCUGGGAGUGGCAAGUUGAAGGCUCUCUGAGCUCCUCAAGAUCAAAAAAGAAGGGAGAACAAGGAAAACUUAGGUUUAGUCACGGAAGGCAUUCAAAUUUUGAUCAACCGUCCCAUGAAUCAAGGAGAGAUCUUCAAGCCAGCCCGCAUUUUAUCGAUGAACACAAGGCAAUCCAUUCAUAAUGAAAAACCGCCCUUAAUCAUGUGGAUCUGGCCAAA